AUGGUUAGAAUCGCCCCUUUUGCCGUUGAGCAAUGGAUGGACAAGUACGAGACAACGGCUGGAGCCCUGAACGUUGCCGAGACGUGUGCUGCGUCUGUGUCCAUAGAUGACUUGGUUGGCAUGUGCAGAGACACGCAGACCCCAGGUCCUGUUGAUACAAGCAUCAAACUCACUUAUGGCGCUAUCCCUGGCUCACAGGUAUUGCGGGAACGAAUUGCUGCUCGUUGCAGUAGCGAGGGCACUCAACUUGCCGCUGAGGAUAUCCUUGUUACCCAAGGUGCAAUCGGUGCCAACUUCUUGGCUUUGUAUAGCCUCAUAGGGCCUGGCGAUCAUGUCAUUUGUGUCUACCCGACAUACCAGCAGCUAUAUGACGUUCCUCGCAGCAUUGGCGCAGAAGUCACGUUGUGGAAGUUGAAAGAAGAAGAAAACUUCGUGCCCAAUACGAAUGACCUGGUGGACAUGAUUCAAGACAACACAAAGAUGAUCAUUAUCAACAACCCCAACAACCCUACGGGUGUGCCUAUUCCGGACAGUGUACUAAAGUGCAUUGCCCAGAUAGCAAAGGAGAAGGACGUAAUUCUUUUCUCAGAUGAGGUUUACCGGCCGCUGUUCCACGGAGGAGCAUCUGGUCGGAUGCAAGCACCGCAACCAGCGACAGCCUUUGGCCACGAGAAGUCGAUCGUGACAGGAUCCAUGUCGAAAGGGUAUGCUCUGGCUGGCAUCAGAGUUGGCUGGAUUGCCAGUAAGGAUAAAUCCAUCAUCUCCACCAUAAUGGCGGCACGAGACUACACCACCAUCAGCGUUUCGCAGAUAGACGACCAAAUUGCGAGAUACGCUCUGUCGCCAGCAGUAUUGCCAUCUCUCGUCGAUCGCAACUUGGCUUUGGCGAGAACGAAUUCGCGUCUGAUCAAGGAGUUUAUUGAAGGCCACAAGUCGGUAUGCUCAUGGGUGGAGCCCACAGCCGGUACAACCGCUUUCGUUCGAUUCAACAACAAGAAUGGCGAACCUGUUAAUGACGUCGAAUUUUGCUUGGACCUGCUGCGCAAGAACAACGUGUUGCUUGUGGCAGGUUCGAAAUGUUUUGGUAACGACAAGGAUUUCACAGGCUAUGUAAGAAUGGGAUACGUCUGCGAGACCGAUGUUCUGGUAGAGGGAUUGAAGCGAUUGGGAACUUUUAUUGAGUCAAACCUGCUAUAA